GUGGAACCCAGCUCGAUAAGGUGAUUGUGUUUAUUCCUUGAUGCAGCUGAUGUCUGUAUUUGCAGUUGCUGAGAAAUGCCUGUUUCUGAAAUGGAUCUGCAGGAACUACAGUUCAGUCACUGCUUCCAAUUUAGCAUUUGUUCCUUCAAGCACACCUUUGGAUUCAAUCGAAUUGAAGGAACUUCAGGAGUUUGUACAUCAGUCCAAGAAGCUGUUUGUGCUGACUGGAGCAGGAGUAUCAACAGAAUCUGGUAUUCCAGAUUAUCGUUCAGAAGGUGUAGGUCUCUAUGCAAGGACAGCAAGGCGCCCCAUUCAGCACUCUGAAUUUAUUAGCAGUGCUAAGGGCAGGCAGAGAUACUGGGCACGGAAUUAUGUCGGUUGGCCACAAUUUAGUUCUCAUCAGCCAAAUGUGGCACAUAAUGUUUUCAGUCAAUGGGAGAAACUGGGGAAGGUUCGCUGGCUGGUGACUCAAAAUGUUGAUGCUUUACAUGCAAAGGCAGGAAGCCAACACGUGACUGAGCUUCACGGCUGUUCUCACAGGGUGAUCUGUCUUGGGUGUGGAGCUGUAACACCUAGGAGUCAUCUUCAAGAAAAAUUCAGAGCUCUGAAUCCUGGCUGGACUGGAGAAGCACAUGGAAUAGCUCCAGAUGGAGAUGUUUUCCUCACUGACGAUCAAGUUAAACAUUUUAUCGUUCCUUCAUGUGAGAGUUGUGGUGGUAUCCUGAAACCUGAUGUCACCUUUUUUGGAGACACAGUGAAUAAGGAGAAAGUGAAUUUUGUUUAUGAGCGGGUGGCUGAAUCAGAUGCUGUUUUGGUGGCUGGUUCUUCUCUACAGGUAUAUUCUGGAUAUAGGUUCAUCAUUGCGGCAUAUGAGAUGAAGAUACCAAUCGCCUUACUAAAUAUUGGGGUUACUAGAGCAGAUGCACUGGCCAGUCUGAAAAUCAAUGCUCGAUGUGGAGAGGUGCUGUCCCGUAUUCUUCACCUUUGAGGGUAUUGUUGCAAACUAGAAAAUGACACAAUGGUAAUAUUUAACAAAAUAGUUUUACUAUGCAAAACAGAUCCAUCAUUUAUCAAUAGGAAUAUGCUCCACAACAUCUCCUGAAGAAACCAUUAGGGUUUUUCCAUAAAAUAAAAUUUGGGGCUGAUGGAAACAGGUAGAGGGUUCAAUAGUAUAACAGUCAUAAAUAAGACUCUCAUAAGAACAAGUUUAAUGAGUCUUUCUUUCUUUGACUGUGUAUGCUCACAAGCAAGCUCACCCGUAAAGCUCAUCAUUUUUAAUAUUCAUAUACAUCUAAUUUGGCCUACAAAUACAAUAAUCUGAGUUACUUGAGUAUUCCAUACACUUGAAAGACUUACCUCAGGUGAAAUAUGAUAGUUACAGCAAGUUAAAAUGCAGCAGAAUGAAAUCACAGUACACCAUGUCACCAUGUUUUGGGCAGCAUGGUGGCACAGUGGUUAGCACUGCUGCCUCACAGCGCCAGAGACCUGGGUUCAAUUCCUGCCUCAGGCAAGUGUCUGUGUGGAGUUUGCACAAUUCUCCCCGUGUCUGUGUGGGUUUCCUCCGGGUGCUCCAGUUUCCUCCCACAGUCCAAAAAUGUGCAGGUUAAGUGAAUUGGCCACGCUAAAUUGCCCGUAGUUUUAGGUGAAGGGGUCUGGGUGGGUCCCUCUUCAGAGGGUUGGCGUGGACUUGUUGGGCCGAAGGGCCUGUUUCCACACUGUAAGUAAUCUAAUCAUGUCCACUUGGUGGAAUGCAUUUACUUACCUGAACAAAACUUCACAAGACUGGCCUCAUUAAACACUCCAUUUGAACAUGGCAAAUGCUUUUGGAUGUAGGUUUGCUCACUGAGCUAUAAGGUUCAUU